GGCGUCUGUUGGAAACGGUUUCAUUUUGUUUGUCUCUGAAUUUCUAGGAACAUGCAAUACCUAUUAGCCGUUGUCGGGUUUGUACUGGCAUUGGCUUCUACCACAGAUGCUACACUUGAUUCCAAAAUCCAUUUGCCCGGAAUUACUCCAACUACCCUUCCACCACAAAUUACGUCAUUCGCGACCACAGUCGCACCAACUACAAUGGAACCGUUUGUGUGGAGUUUGACGAAAAAAGAGGAAAUGUUGGUGCUGGACGAACACAACUUCGGGCGUGCUAGAGUGUCUCCAGAAGCAUCGAAUAUGAAUAAACUUGAAUGGGAAAUCGGUGUAAGAGAUAUUGCCCAGCAGGUUGUCGACACCUGUACAUAUCAUAUCAACCUUCCUAGACGUUUGGCUGAUAGACGCUAUGUAGCUGAAGUUACUGGACUAAGCGAUGAUGUAGAUUUCCGUCUUAAUGACUUCGUACAUAAUUUCGUCGACUUUGGAGAAGUUUAUAACUCGUACAAUGGGGAAUGUGGAAUUGAUGAAGACAAGUGCAGUGUAUAUAGAAUAGUUACAACAGCCAGACUAAUUAAAGUGGGAUGUGCUCAACAACUAUGUGAAACAUUACACGACGAUGUCAACGACGUUCUUAGAACAAACUCAAUUUACUGGAAGUGCUAUUACCUUGGCGAUGGGCCCAUUGCAGAUGCAAUCAUUCCUUAUAGACAAGGAGAAGCGUGUUCCACGUGUGACUCUGGGUCGUCAUGGUGCAAUCAAAAUCUUUGUGAUUCUAUUUGUAAUUACCUAUGGCAGCCAUGUAGUUGUAGUAUUGUAUGUGGUAUUCAUGAAGUCAUUGACGCCAAUGAAUGUAGAUGCAAGUCUGACGCCGCCUACCACAAGUAUUGCACCGAUCGUGGAUUCCAGCAAUGUCCAGAUGACGCAACCAUUAACCCUUACACUUGUGAAUGUGUCUGUGCUCCGGGGUAUUAUGAAAGCUCUGGUCGAUGUCAAGAUAUUAACGAAUGUGACGUUGAUAUGAACGCAUGCGCACAUCUCUGUAUCAAUAAUGUUGGAUCUUUUACCUGUGGCUGCAAUACCGGAUACCAAUUGAAUGAAGACGAGCGGACCUGUAAUGACUUUGACGAAUGCGCUGAAAACAACGGCAAGUGUGAUCACACCUGCGUCAACACUAUUGGAUCGUAUCACUGUGAAUGCGAUGAAGAGUUUAUUUUGUCUCAAGACGGUAAUCUAUGCAAGUCGCUUUAUCCACCCGUGUCAAUAGGGGGCGAUGUUGCCCGUCUUAUUGGACCACAAGAAAUCAACGUUACAGCGUGCAUGUCCGAAGCAGGAUUAGACUGUGAACAUAGAUGUCUGAACGAUACAGAUGGUGAUUAUUUCUGUGAAUGUAACCAUGGUUACAUACUGGCUAGCGAUAAACAGCGAUGUAAUGAUAUUGACGAAUGCAGAGUCCAACGUGGUGCCUGUGAAUACAAAUGUGUAAACACAGUCGGAUCCUAUCACUGCCAGUGUCCAUACGGAUAUAUCCUGCGUUACAAUAAUCACAACUGUCAGCUUGAUGUCUGUAAUGGAAGUAACUGCUAUGGAAGGGGCUACCUUAACGAAUCGUGUGGCUGUCAUUGCGCCGAUGGAUUCACAGGAAACCAAUGUGAAACCAAUUGCUCCGUUAGUGAAACCGAAUGUUGGGAAGAACCGACUCAACUUGUCCCUGAAUAUGACGAAGCAUACUGCCCUGUGCAAUGCAAAGAAUGCGCUUGUUUCGAUGCUCAUAACGUUUGUGAGAAUGGUGGACAAUUGAAAUGGAGUGAAGAUCAUUGCAAAUGUUUUUGUCCUAUUCCAUGGGCUGGAAGGUCUUGUCAAGAGUGUAAUUUGUAUUCCUGUGUCAAUGGUGGCGUACUGGAUUCUGAUAAUUGCCGGUGUGACUGGCCAAUCCGCUGUCUUGUACAGAACCUUGUGUCGAUCAAUCCAUGAUAUGCGAUGUCGGGUCUGUUCCUUUCUGUCAGUCUGUUGCCAUUUUGAAAACCAAAUGCCCAGCUCUCUGUGGUGUCUGUUCAGUGAACUGGUAAGAGAUUGAAAAAGACCAAGAGAUUAUCUAUUUAUUUUUUUAAUAAGUUGCUGAAUAUAUUGAUUUUAUAAUUUAGCCAGUCAAAUUUUUGCUUUUAUUUUGAAAGAUAAUUACUUCGUCGAAUUCACGUGUGAUGUGGGAUUGUCGUGCUUAUAAUAAUCGUACAUGGAAUGCAGCGGAUGUGGCUCUUGGGUACUUCACGAAGGAAUUUUCGAAUUUGUGUUCAGUUUGUAGAGUAUUUCUACACGAGAUGCAGACAUUCGCUUGUCAUAAAAGUACAAUCAAGCUGGGCGUUAUGGCAUUCCAAAUUACAUAAUAGUUCUAUCCGAGAAACAUCUCAAAAUCUACAUUGUAUGAUAAUGUAAUUAUUGUAACUAAUGUUUAUGUAUCACAUUUACAGACUGGUAUGUAUUUUUUAUUUUUGAAAUUAUUUUUUUUUACUAAUUUGAAUAAACUCUUGGGCGUGACGCCGUGCUCAGUGAA